AUGGGUGACGUUGAGCAGGGCAAGAUUUUUGUUCAGAAGUGUGCCCAGCGCCAUGACGCGGAAAAGGGCGGCAAGCACAAGACUGGGCCAAAUCUCCAUGGUUUAUUUGGGUGGAAGGCAGGUCAAACCCCUGGAUUUUCUUACAUGGAUGCCAACCAGACCAAAGGCACCUCCUGGGGAGAGGAGACACUGAUGAAGUAUUUGGAGAAUCCCAAGAAGUACAUCCCUGAAACAAAAAUGAUCUUUGCUGGCAUUAAGAAGGCAAGGGAAAGAGCAGACUAGAUAGCUUAUCUCAAAAAAGCCACUAAGGAGUAAUAGUUAGCCUUUGCCUUAUUG